GCAACACUGAUUGGCAGCACUGAUAGGUGGCACUGAUUGGCAUUGAUAGGUGGCACUGACUGGCACUGAUGGGUGACAUUAAAAGGCAGCUCAGAUGGGCACUGAUAUGUGGCAUUGAUGUGCACUGGUAUGCACUAAUAUGUGGCAUUGAUGGGCACUGGCACGUGGCACUGAUGAGCACUGACUGCUGGCACUGAUGGACACUGACAGGUGUUACUUCUGGGGCCACACUGAUCAUCAGGGCACACUGAUCAUCACGUGACAGCUCGAGAGGAGAGAAAUGACGAUAAUCGGCAUUUCCGUGUUUACAUGUGAUCA